AUGCCAACAAGUAUCAGCUUAUCUAUGUAGAGGGCACGAGACCAACAGCAAAGGAUGAUCUAGAAAAAAUAACAAAUAACUUAAAUAAUAUGUUUGCGGAGAUCGUAAAAGAAACUAUUAAGAACAGAAGACGACUUCCUAAGACAUUAUAUUUAUUUGGCGGUACUGGUAAGUUUGAACUAAACGUUAAUUUAGGAGCGUAUAGAUUAAAUGAGAUCAAUAACGCUAAUCUUCCUCGAAAAUUUUCUGAAAUGAAGGAUUUCGUUUAUUUUUAUGAAUGUGUAAUGAAAUGGGCGUUGUUGAUUCGGAAUGUUAUUGAAUCCUUUGACACAGCAAGAUCUGGACAGAGGCCAUCACGGCUUUCUUUAAAUGAGAUUUAUUAUUGCAAAGAUGUCAUGUUUCCACAUAUAGAAGAAAAUGAAAUGUUGAGUCAAUUUGAUAGAUGGGGUGAAAUACCAAGAUUUGUAUUGGAAAAGAAUGAGACAUCAGAAAAUUCUCUUGAAAAUGCAAUUGUUACUAACAACCUGAAAAAAUGUAUACAGAGUAUUGGAGGAAUUGAUAGCCCUGAUUAUAUUAGUCAUUGA